UCUGUAAUUUCGCCCGCGCUUCUGUAACAUAGUCAAACUCUGUAUUUGCUGUGCGUUUUGUGGUCAUCCAUGGUGUGUGUUAAUCUCAUGAUAAAAUGGUUAGACCUGUUAUAUUAGGUUUUAGUAGCUAUUGUUCUUAAAUCAUAGCUUUAUGGGGCGGUGUUUGUAAAAGGUUGAUUUGUGUCUGAUAUUUUAAACACAGCACAGAAUCACCUGCGUUCAUUGGAGUUAGCGAAAGGGUGGCACUGGCACUGGGUACCAGGCGAACCAGUGAAACCACACUUUCUCCUGUCAAUGCGGGCUUUACCCAGGCCCUUUACUUCUAACCCCGGCACAGCGGCAUGGAUAAGCCUUGGCUGCGGGCGGAGAAGUAGGGUUUGGCGGUGUCUGACCCCAGCCUGCCUUCGGAGAGCUGAGUGUAGAUGCUGCUGUUGAGAUGAGUGUGAAGGCCUUUGAGCUGGUCCCCGCUGUGGAGCGAGAGCUCCUCAUGGGAGACAAGGCUCGAAUCAACAUUGAAUGCAUUGAGUGCUGUGGAAAGCACCUGUACAUCGGCACCAAUGACUGCUUCAUCCACCAUUUCCUUCUGGAAGAGGUCGCUUCUUCAAAGGGAAAACUGAGUUUUUUGGCUCAAAAGCUGCUUCACAAAUAUCUGGGACUCAAGAAGCCAGUUACUGAGCUGCGGGCUGCAUCGGCUUUAGAGCGACUGAUCGUGCUCUGUGAUGGAGUGCUCUUUCUUGUUGACAUGUUGACACUAGAAACUCCCCCUGGAGCUGGAGGAGCCAAAAUCAGAGGCGUCACUACAUUCUGCAUUAAUGAGAACCCAGUCACUGGAGAUCCCUUCUGUGUGGAGAUGGGGAUACUUUCCUCAAAACGGCGGACAGUGCAAAUUUUUAUGGUUUAUGAGGACCGAGUGCAACUGGUGAAGGAGGUGAACACACCGGAGCAGCCUUGUGCUGUCUCUCUCGAUGGAUACUUUUUGUGUUUAGCUCUGACCACACAAUACAUGAUCUUGAACUACAACUCUGGAGCCAACCAGGACCUGUUUCCCUACAAUAGUGAGGAGAGGAAGCCUAUAGUGAAGAGAAUUGGCAGAGAAGAGUUCCUGUUGGCAGCACCCGGUGGUCUUGGUAUGUUUGCUAAUGCGGAGGGGGUUUCCCAGCGUGCUCCAGUGAACUGGUCUGAGAGCGUGAUGGGUGCUGCGGUUUGCUUUCCUUAUGUCGUGGCCUUAGACGAGAGCUUCAUCACUGUCCACAGUAUGCUCGACCAACAGCUCAAACAAACUCUGCCUUUCAGGGAUGGACACAUUCUACAAGACUUUGAAGGAAAAGUCAUUCUAGCUUCCACUAAAGCAGUGUACAUAUUAGUGCCAUUGCCCCUUGAGAGACAAAUCCAGGAUUUAUUGGCCAGUCACAGAGUAGAGGAAGCCCUUAUUCUCACAGAAGGAGCACAGAGGAAUAUUCCCAAAGAAAAGUUUCAGAUUUUGCACAAAAGGAUCCUUCAGCAGGCUGGUUUCAUACAGUUUGGCCAGCUUCAAUUUUUGGAAGCAAAAGAACAUUUUAGAAAAGGGCAGUUGGACGUCCGGGAGCUCAUCUCUCUUUACCCACUACUGCUGCCUUCCUCUUCCUCCUUCACUCGCUGCCAUCCUCCUCUUCACGAGUUCGCUGAUCUAAAUCACUUGGCUCAGGGUGACCAGGAAAAGGUCCAGAGGUGCAAGAAGUUCCUCAUCAGUUACUUAAAAGAGGUGCGAAGUACAGAGGUGGCCAAUGGCUGCAGAGAGGAUGUGGACACUGCACUGUUGAAGCUUUACGCUGAACAGGAUCAUGACAGCCUUUUAGAUCUGCUCGCCUCUGAAAACUUCUGCGUGUUAGCAGACUGUGUUCCAUGGCUAGAGAAGUAUCACAAAUAUUUUGCACUAGGGCUUCUUUACCAGUACCAUGGUCAGGAUUCAGCGGCUCUUCAGCUGUGGAUCCGUGUGGCAGAUGGAGAUUUGGAAGAUGCUACGAGGUCUGAUCUGUUCGAGUAUAUUGUAGACUUUCUCUGCUCCUGCUCCAAUCUGGAUCUGGUGUGGAAGUAUGCAGACUGGGCCUUACGCAAGAAUCCCACUAUAGGAGUUCAAGUUUUUACAAAAAGAAUUGUCCGUAAAAAUCAGCCGGAACUGUGCCCCGAUGAUGCUGUGACGUAUUUGACGAAGCAUCGUGAGGCUCUGUUGCUUUACCUGGAGCACCUGGUCCUCGAGAGGCAGAUUCAGAAGGAGACGUUCCACACCCACCUGGCUGUGUUGUACCUGGAGAGGGUUCUGGCGUUGAUAUCGGAAACACCUUUGGACGAAGUGCAGCUGUUGAAGGCACGAGACAGACUGCAGGCUAUGCUGCGCGAGUCCAACCUUUAUCGUGUUCAGUAUCUUUUAGGUAAAAUAAACAACUGUGAAAGUCUGUUGUUGGAGCGGGCCACACUACAUGGCAAACUGGAGGAGCACGACAAGGCGUUGCACAUUUUGGUUUAUGAACUCAAGGAUUUCCCAUCUGCAGAGGCCUACUGUAUAUGGGCCUCUGAAUCCAGGGACUCCGCAUAUAGACAGAAACUCUUCCACCGUUUAUUGGGAGUGUAUUUAGACACGCAAUCCCAGGGUGCAUCAGCAGGGGGCGGUGGCGAGCUGGAGAUGGCGGCUGUGGACCUUUUGAACCGUCAUGGGGAGGUGUUUGAUGCAGUUCAAGUCCUGAAUCUGCUCCCUGAAGGAUGGUCCCUGCAGCUGCUGAGGCCUUUCCUGGGUAGAGCGAUCCGGGCCAGUAUGCACGCCUGCCGUACAUCCCAGAUCGCUCUGGGGCUCGCACGCUCAGAGAAUGUACAGCUGUUGAAUGACAGGUUAAAGGAGAGGAAGAAACCCAUCCUGGUGUCAGACAAGAAGGGCUGUUUCAUGUGCCACAAUACGUUCAGUGAACCGGAGGUGGUGUGCUUGCCCGGGGGAGUCCCAGUCCAUACGCAUUGUGUCGCCGACCGAAUCCAAAACUCACCCUCCAAAAAACAUUUAACUAAUAGCAGUAACCACACGUGAGACUUUGAAAUCAGAUGUUGUUUAAAAAGCACUAAACUAAACCCAAGUCUUAUUAUUGUGAGAGGUUUUCGGAACAAGAAGCACAGAAAGUUGGUGCAAGAUCAAGAUUGUGAAGAAAUGACGUGAGCGACGAGGGGAAGACUUGAAAGCUAUUUUACUUGCCUUGAAAAAUAAACGUGUGAUCCAUCCUUUAUGUAAAAGAGGUCAAAAUGAUACAAUGCACCAUAUGUGUUCUACUCUGGGGUGAGUAAUAUUGCAUGGACUUAUAAUACACUUCUAAGAUUUUCAGUCUCAUCAAGUACAAACACUUCUGACUAUGUUGAUGAGUGAAAAUCUUUAAGUUCAUUCUGGGAUGUGCUCUUUGCUGCUUGUAUUUUGUACCAUUUCUACUAUGUUAAUUCAUGGUUUCCUGACAACACUUUUAUUUUCUGUUUUAGAGCUGUGAAGACAUUUGUGCAAUAAUGAAACAAAAAACAAACUUAAAAUUGGCACACCUGAAAUGUUGCUGCAUGUCAAAGCCAAUAGAUAUGUUGUAUCAUAAAAGGUGCACUGUGUAACCUUUCUGAAAUGGUGCCUGCCAGCUUGUCUCCAGAGAGAUAUUAUUGCUUUGUCUGGAAUAUUUGACAGCAAUGUAUUUUACCUGCUUAUGUCCGUGGAGAUAGAUACGUUUAAUGCCAUACUGUGGAACUUCUCCGGCAAAGCAAAAACAUCUCCAAGACUCUCCAACAGAAAAAAACACAAAAAAAAACAUUGGUUCAGCUUUACUUAACCUAAAAGAGACUAGAUUCUACAUGUGUUUUUGCUCUGUCUAUCCAGAUCUAUGCCAAACAGCACCACAGGGCAAGCAAAGAAUAAUGUUAAAGCUGCUGUUAAAGAUGUAAAAUGGCCUUGAGUUUUGAGCUGAAUUUGCUAAAAGAGAAAGCGGUUCGAAGUUUACUUUUCCAUGUCAGCACAAAAUUAACUGUAAUGGUAAAAUGAUGGCAGUGAAAUUCCUCAGUCUUAUUGUUGAUGUUAGGUUUCAGACAUACCUUUGUGUCACAAGAUUUAUUGUGAGUUUGAGCAUUCAAUCAUGAACUAUUCAUGACAUGUUUUGAUAGACUUCAUAGUGUAGUUUCUAACACAAUAUAUUAAUUUUGCCCUCCAUCCAGAUUUUAAGCGUGAACAUCCUGUAUCAGUCUCAGUAAAAAGUAAUCCCAGUGAAUUUGCCUUGAACAGAAAGUGACUUUGACCUCUUCAGGCUCCAUAUUAUAACACUGAACAUAUGUUUAUAAUACUGUCUGAUUUCAGCCAAUGUAACAGCACAGUUGUAUGUGAUGUUUUAUCUGUAACGCUUUUGUCUAACUAAACAAAUGAACUUGGAUCUCCAGUGCUCUAAAUCAUUUAUGUACAUUAUAAUCUCAUAAAGUUUAAAGGAUACUGGGUUAUUUUCCAAAUAAACCUUUUACAGGAAAAGGGUCAUUACA